AUGCUCAAAGUUUCGGUAAAGCUUUUGUUUUCAUUUUUAGUCUUUUUAUGCAUUGUUGAGAUCGUCGAAUUAAGAAAAUUACGAGAUGAUAAUGGAUUGUUUAAGGAUAAUUCCAUUAAGAAAUUGCAAACUGCAACUGAAAACCUGAGUAAGUUCAUAUCAAGGGAAAACAAUGUUUUAGCGGAGAUUGAAGAAAAAAGUAAAUUUAUUGUGAAAUUACUACAAAAGUAUCAAAAAUUUCUUAAAAAUACCCCACCAAUCACCAACAAAAUUUAUGUCAAACUUCAAAAAAGCAACAAAAAAGAUGAUGGCAAGACUUUCAUUGACAAUUUUUUAAAGCUUUCGAACAAGGAAAUGAAAGUCAUGGUUAAAAAUGCAAUUAAAACACUAACAUGUCCAUUAGGUCAGGUAUAUAUAAAUCGUAAAGGUUGCAUCCCAAAAAAACUUGCAAAUUUAUACCAAGAAAAAAUGAUUCGUGAUUUAAUAACUGGAAACGAAUACUUAAAAAAUAAUGAAAGUGCAAAAAAUAAAAUCAGGGAUUAUUCUUCAAAAUUGAUUCAAAGUGUUAACAGAAACAAUUUGCUUUUUGAACUGACUGAACCAUACAAACUUGUUAAAAAUGAGAAUAAUGCACAUGUGAUUAAUAAUGAAUUUGUUAAAGACAAAAGUUCAAACAUUUACGUUCAUCCUUUGAACACUCUUAAAAGUAGAGAUACCAUCAAAAAAAUCAGUCAAGACAAAAUAAAGUUCAAAAAUCCAGAAACCAUAAACUUUGGAGAUACUAUCAAUCUUUUUUACAAAUAUACUAUUGAAUUAGAGCCCAAAACUAAAUUGACUGUAGUACCAGUUGGGAGAACUGACAUGAUUAAUGGAUAUUCAAAGGCAUCUAGAAUACAUACUUUUAAUAGAUUUAAAAAUCUUAGUAAGAGCCAAUUUAUAUCCAAUAAAAACAGAAUUCAAACAUUAGGUUCUAUUUAUCCGAAAAACAUUGAAUUCACUUAUGGAUCAAAUUUAGGAAAUAAAAAACAAAUUCCAUUGAACACAAAAAACCAAACACAAUCAAAUACAGAAACAAAGAUGACUCCUAGUUCUAGACAAUCUAUCGAAAACAAUUUUGAAAUAAUGGCACUUAAAAAAGAAAAUGAAGAAUUAAAAAACUUGCUUUCAAAAGUUAAUCUUGAAAAAAAUCUUGAUAAGACAAAUCAAUCGGUUAAUAAUUCGAUUGAAACUAAUCGUAAGAUUCAUUCUGCACCCAAAAAUAAAUUUCCUGAAAAGAUAAAAAAUUCGAUAGAAAAUCCAUUAUAUCCAGUUAUAAAAAGUGAAUUUCAAAGUGUAAAAGAAAAAGAUGAGAAGCUUCCAAAAACCGAAAAUUCAAAAUUUUCAGACUUAUUGAAGAAAAUGGCUGAAUUAGACAAACAAGGUAAAGCAAAGGAGCUGAAUAAGUUUUCAGAAAAUCUUUCUGAAUCAGAUAAAACUUCACAAUCAUCUUUAUCUGAACUUAUAGUACCAAAUUUAUAUAGUGAAAAUGAAUCAGAAGAAGCUGUUGAUGAAGGGGAAAUUUCCAACGAUUCUUCAGUAUUAGAUAAAGCUAUUCAACCCGAAAACCCUUUUGCAACACCAAAAUCUUCACCUAAUGCGGAAUUAAAUCAUUUAAAUUCAAAUAAAACUGAAUUACUUCAAGUGAAAAAUUUUAAUCCAAAUGUGUCUAAUGGAACGUCAAUUUCAAAAGAAGAAAAUACCAAAAUUAAUAAAUAUGAACCUUUAAAAGAAUUGAAAAAAGGAGUUACAAAUAAGGAUGGAACGGUGCUCAGUAAUUUGGGAAUGGAUAAGAACUUGAACAUCACCGAUGAUUUAGGUGAUAAAGUGUCAAAUAUUAAUGCAAAACCUAUUAAUGAAAAUAAUCCAAAAAUUAAAAAAUCUCCAGAAAUUAAAAGCACUCCACUUUCGGCUACUUUAUCCUCAACAUCUAAUCUAACUUUGGAACAGCCAAAUACAAAUUCGUUGAGUACAGUUCAAAAUAUUUUAGAAAAUAAUUUUUCAUCAAAUCAAAAUUCUCCAAAAAUUUUAUCGGAUUUCGACGACUCAACCUCUGGUCAUCAUAAACAAAAGAGCGAAAAUGUAAAUGUAAUUCAAAAAGUUAAACCUCCUUCAUAUGAUUACAAAUCAGUGGGUGAAAUUAAUGAUGAAAAAAAUAAUUAA